AUGUCCAAGUCAGCGCAGACUGCCUACACGCGCAUUGCACAAAUCUUGCAGAAAUGGCCCGUCGACCGUGUGCGACCAGAGCCAGUCUCCAUCCAGCAUUACCUGCGCACGCAUCUUCCCAAGGCCCAAGGUGGCUUGUCGGAGUCGCCAUCGCCGUCCCCUAUCUCGGACUCGUCCAUCAACGCUCUCAAUUCGCUGCUCAAAAACAGCUAUAACCAACGGUAUCCUCUACCGAAAAAGCUGCGCUUCCCGGCAAGCAGGCCCGAUCAUUACGAUGUUCUUUUGAAGGAGUUUGAAGAGGCGCCAACCCGGACUUGGUUCCAGAGGAUACAAAAGCGAUUUAGCGGUUUCCUGCGGUUGAAGUAG